AUGGGGAGCGCUCUGGUGCACACCCUGUCGCAGUCGUCCGCCUUCGCUGAACGCGUCCGCUCCCGCAACUACGACUCCGACAAUGAGAAGGGCGACGGCCCCAUUAGUCUGGCUGAGGACUGGAAGAUGAUGCCCGAGGUCAAGGCCAUCAAGGCCCAGGGCGACAAGGACGCUGUCAAGGGCCGCCGUCUCGGUGUCACCUGGCAGAACCUCACCGUCAAGGGCAUUGGCGCCGACGCUGCCAUCAACGAGAAUGUCAUCAGUCAGGCCAACCUUCCCAAGAUCAUCAACGAGAUGCGACGCGGCGCCCCCUUGAAGACCAUCCUCGACAACACCCACGGCUGUGUCAAGCCCGGUGAGAUGCUGCUGGUGCUGGGCCGGCCCGGAUCCGGUUGUACUUCCCUCCUCAAGGUCCUCGCCAACAUGCGAGACGGGUAUGCAUCCAUCGAGGGCGACGUCAAGUUCGGGUCCCUCGACCACAAGGAGGCCAAGCAGUACCGGGGCCAAAUUGUCAUGAACACCGAGGAGGAGCUCUUCUUCCCCACCCUGACCGUCGGCCAGACCAUGGACUUCGCGACCCGCAUGAAGAUCCCCUACCACCUCCCAUCCGAUAAAACCAACCCCAAGGAGUUCCAGCGAGAGACGAGAGACUUCCUGUUGAAGUCUAUGGGCAUCUCGCACACCCACGAGACCAAGGUCGGUAACGAGUUCGUGCGAGGUGUGUCCGGUGGAGAGCGGAAGCGUGUCAGUAUCAUCGAGACCCUAGCCACGCGGGGAAGCGUGUUCUGCUGGGACAACAGUACCCGUGGUCUGGACGCCAGUACCGCGCUCGAGUAUACCAAGGCCAUCCGCGCCAUGACCGACAUCUUCGGCCUCGCGUCCAUCGUCACCCUGUACCAGGCCGGAAAUGGUAUUUACAACCUCUUUGACAAGGUCUUGGUCCUCGAUGAGGGACAGGAGCUCUACUACGGUCCCAUGAAGCAGGCUCGACCCUUCAUGGAGAGCCUGGGUUUCUUCUGCCCCGACGGAGCCAACGUCGCUGAUUACCUGACCGGUGUCACCGUCCCGACGGAGCGCAAGAUUCGGGAGGGCUUUGAGGACCGGUACCCCCGAACAGUGGCUGACAUCCGCGCGGCGUACGACAAGUCACCGAUCAAAGCCGCCAUGAGCGCCGAGUAUGACUAUCCGAAUAGUGCCUUGGCCAAGGAGCGCACAGAAGAUUUCCGCGAGAGUGUCCAAUACGAGAAGGACAAGUCCCUCCCCAAGAAAUCUCCCUUGACCGUCAGCUUCUACACCCAGGUCAAGGCGGCCGUGACCCGUCAGUACCAGAUCAUCUGGGGUGACAAGGCCACUUUCAUCAUCAAGCAGUUCUCCACCCUGGCCCAGGCCUUGAUCACUGGUUCCCUCUUCUACAACGCUCCCAGCACGUCCGCCGGUCUCUUCAUCAAGUCUGGUGCACUCUUCUUCUCCUUGCUGUUUAACAGUCUGUUGGCCAUGUCCGAAGUCACCGACUCCUUCUCGGGUCGGCCCGUCCUUGCCAAACACAAAUCGUUCGCCCUGUAUCACCCGGCCGCCUUCUGUAUAGCACAGAUCGCCGCCGAUAUACCCGUCAUCCUGGUCCAGAUCUCCCACUUCUCCAUCGUCAUGUACUUCAUGGUCGGGCUCAGGGUGGAUGCCGGUGCCUUCUUCACCUACUGGGUUUUGAUUUUCGCCACGACCAUGUGCAUGACGGCCUUCUUCCGAGCCAUCGGUGCUAGUUUCUCUACUUUCGAUGGGGCUAGUAAGGUGUCUGGUUUCAUGAUUUCUUGCCUGAUCAUGUACACCGGUUAUAUGAUCCAGAAGCCCAAAAUGCACCCCUGGUUUGUCUGGAUCUACUGGAUUGAUCCCCUGGCGUAUGGUUUCUCCGCUAUCCUGGCGAACGAGUUCAAGGGCGCCGUCAUCCCGUGUGUUGGGGCGAAUCUGAUUCCCAAUGGACCUGGCUAUACCGACUUGGCCCAUCAAGCGUGUACCGGCGUUGGCGGAGCUCGGCCCGGCGCGACGAGCGUCACGGGUGAGGAGUACCUUGCAUCACUAUCAUACUCGGCCGGAAACAUCUGGAGAAAUUUUGGUAUCGUCUGGGCCUGGUGGGCCCUCUUUGUUUUUGUCACCAUCGUCGCAACGAGCAACUGGAAAUCAAACGGUGGUAAGAGUGGCUUCUUGCUCGUCCCCCGCGAGAAUCAGAAGAAGGUUGCUCGCGCUACCAAGGAUGAAGAAUCGCAAUCGCACCCCGCCGUCGCGGUCUCGGAGAAGAAGGGUCUUGAAUCCAGCGCAUCCUCAUCUAACGAGACCAAGGUUGAUGAUCAACUCGUCCGCAACACCUCGGUCUUUACCUGGAAGAACCUCACGUACACUGUCAAGACCCCAUCGGGCGACCGCGUUCUGCUCGACAAUGUCCAGGGCUGGGUCAAACCCGGCAUGCUCGGCGCCCUCAUGGGGUCUUCAGGAGCUGGUAAGACGACCCUGCUUGAUGUUCUCGCUCAGCGCAAGACGGAUGGUACUAUCAAUGGAUCCAUCCUCGUCGACGGCCGGCCCCUGUCCGUCAGUUUCCAACGAUCUGCCGGUUACUGUGAACAACUGGAUAUCCACGAACCGCUCUCCACCGUCCGGGAAGCGCUGGAAUUCUCGGCGCUCCUCCGUCAAUCGCGAACCAUCCCGCGGGAACAGAAGCUCAAGUAUGUCGAUACCAUCAUUGAUCUGCUGGAGAUGCACGACAUCGAGAACACCCUGAUUGGUACCACCGGUGCGGGUUUGUCGGUUGAGCAGAGGAAGCGGUUGACCAUCGGAGUUGAGCUUGUUUCGAAACCCAGUAUCCUGAUCUUCUUGGACGAGCCGACUUCCGGUCUCGAUGGCCAGGCUGCUUACAAUAUCGUUCGGUUCUUGAGAAAGCUAGCAGAUGUUGGUCAGGCCGUCCUGGUCACCAUCCAUCAGCCCUCUGCCCAGUUGUUUGCCCAGUUCGAUACUCUCCUGUUGUUGGCCCGUGGAGGGAAGACGGUCUACUUUGGUGACAUCGGAGAGGAUGCCCGCACCAUCAAGGAAUACUUCGCCCGCUACGAUGCACCCUGCCCACCUGAAUCCAACCCCGCUGAGCACAUGAUCGAUGUCGUGUCCGGCGUUCUGUCGCAAGGUAAAGAUUGGCACCAGGUCUGGCUCGAAUCCCCGGAGCACAAGCACACCGUCGAAGAGCUGGACCGCAUCAUCGCCGACGCCGCCGCCAAGCCCCCGGGAACUUCAGACGACGGCUUCGAGUUCGCCAUGCCCCUCUGGGAUCAGAUCAAGCUGGUUACGCACCGCAUGAACGUAUCCAUCUACCGCAACACCGACUACGUCAACAACAAGCUCGCCCUGCACAUCAGCUCGGCUCUGUUCAACGGGUUCUCGUUCUGGAAGAUUGGUCACACCAUCCGCGAUCUCCAACUGCGUCUCUUCACGGUCUUCAACUUCAUCUUCGUCGCCCCCGGUGUCAUUGCCCAACUGCAACCCCUCUUCAUCGAGCGUCGUGAUAUCUACGAAGCGCGGGAGAAGAAGUCGAAGAUGUACUCCUGGAUUGCGUUCGUCACUGGUCUGAUCAUCUCGGAGAUUCCCUACCUCUGCGUCUGCGCCGUGCUCUACUUCGCCUGCUGGUACUACACCGUCGGUUUCCCCCACAACUCCAACAAGUCGGGCGCUACCUUCUUCGUCAUGCUCAUGUACGAGUUCGUGUACACGAGCAUGGGUCAGUUCAUCGCCGCCUAUGCGCCCAAUGCCGUGUUCGCUACGCUCGCCAACCCCGUCGUCAUCGGAACGCUCGUCUCCUUCUGUGGUGUCCUCGUGCCCUACGCACAGAUCAAUGUCUUCUGGCGGUACUGGAUCUACUACCUCAACCCGUACAACUACCUGAUGGGUGCGCUCUUGACCUUCACCAGCUUCGACGCUGAGAUCCGCUGCGCCGAGGAGGAGUUUGCCAUCUUCGACCCGCCCGCCAACAGCACGUGCGGCGAGUACCUCCGUGACUACCAACAGGGUAUGGGCGCGCGUACAAACCUCAUCAACCCCUCGGCCACCAGCGGCUGCCGGGUCUGCGAGUACCGCGUUGGUAGCGACUACCUGUACACGCUGAACCUGAAGAACUACUACUACGGCUGGCGAGACGCGGCGAUCGUCGUGAUCUUCGUCUUCAGUGGUUACUCUCUCGUGUACAUCCUGAUGAAGCUGCGGACGAAGAAGAGUAAGGCUGCCGAGUAA